CGACAUCAACAUUUACCAACUGUAGUUUUGGUGUAGUUAGAAAAACGUUUAUAACUCGAUCAAAAUCAAACACCUUUAGAUAGGGUUUUCUUUAUCUUAAAGUAAAAUAAUUCUUCUGUUAUAUCCGUACAGAGAAAGCUCAAUAUUUUCCUUUGUUUUCCUGUGUCACGACGAAAAAGACAAAAUUUGCCCUUUUUUUGUUACAUUUUAGUACAAUCAUCUUUUGUGCCAGAAAAACACGUUUAAACCGAACCUAUGAUAGACGAAAAGAAAGACGACCCUUCAGAGCACCAGAACUUAUGUUCAUGUUUCCAUCUUUAUGCAUGACACCAUGCUCAAAUAUUUUUUCAAAAUAUUUUUUUUCAUUGUUUCUUGAAUUGCAAAGUAAUCGAGAUUGAAGCUUCGCAGUAUUUCUUCUAUAUUCUUUCAUCUUUACGAUACGUAGAAGAAUGUUUACUAUAUUUUUUGUAGAGAAUUUUACGGCACAUCUUUUAAGAAAACAACAAAGCUUAGGGGAUAAAAUUCAACUAAGAUAUAAGCAAAAUACUAAGUGACCGAUUUAUUCUGAAGCACCCGUUACAUUUGAAUGUUUUACAGUUCGGAAACACGUAUUGUCAAAAAUAUACGGGUUUCCAGAAAAAUUUAACUAAGGUAAAACUCGCUUUUCGAGUUAACUACAAAAUUCCAAGCUCUAAUUUUAACCUCAUUAGAUAGAGCACAUAAAAUUACACAUGUAUAACUAUUUUUAGACGUUUUGUCCAGUCCUCUUUGAGUUUUUCGCUGUCGAUUAAACAAAAAGAUACUUUAGAGUGGUGUACUUGAAAGGAAAAGCAUUUAAGAGCCAUUUUUCUAGCGCAGGAAGCAAUCAGACAUUCAGAAUAUGAUCAAAUACCUUUCUUGAAUACUUCAAACAUCAAUGGAGAUUUAAAGAUACACUUUUAUCUUAGAGUCAUUUCUGAGAAUAUAACUUUCUUCGAAACUCGUUAUAAAGUAAUUGACAGAAGCCAGUAAAAGAAUAGUUCGUUCUUAUUAGGUAUAUUGACUGCAUAUCUGCGUGCUGUUCAGAUGAAAAGAAAAACUUCAAAUAAGAAAUCGUUCUCAUUUGGCAAAUGAGGAAGUAUCCUCAUAAAAUGGAAAAGUAUUGAUUUAAAUGUGAUAUCCUAUGAAGAGUGUAUUUUGAGACUAAUUUCACCAGGUUUUACCCAGCUUUCUCUUCGAGAACAUGAUGCUAUCAACGUAGUGGUUCAAUUCAGGCUUUGUUACAGUUUCCGGUUUUUUUUAACGUAAUUUUACUUUUACACUUUUAAUGGCCUGAAGACUCUACACCGCGUUAGAAAAGAAGUCUGUUGCGUAUAUAAUAAUAAAGUCGAGUGAAAUAAGUAGUUCGUUUUGCUUUUCCGUGUUUUUUUUCAAAAAAUUUCUCGCUAAGGUAUUUUGACUCUGCACAAUCUUCUUUGCAUAUUCACCCUUAAUAUUUUUCGAUCAAUAAAUUUCAUUUUCUGCCUUUAUCAAAGAUCGUAUAAAAGAAGCAGAAAGAAUGAAUCAUCUAUUCUCCUUCAGCAUUCAAUCAAUCAACUUCGAGGAUAAGCUAGAGAAGAGCUAUCCUCUAUAGGUAUGCACCGGUUUCCGUUUUUAAUCGGUUAACCGAAACCGAUCAUAACCAAAAAUGUUGCACAAGUUCUUGAAAAUAUGUUUGACACAAUAUGAAGGAAGUAUCUGUUGUGCAAUUAACAACUAUUCAUCCCGAAAGAAAGAUGAACGAUGUAUAAAAUCAGAAAUAAGGCAAAUAAAUGGUAUUUCUGGCUUUUUGCCAUGAAGGAAGAGCUUCUCGAAAUUGAGUUUAGUAGCAAAAAUAUGGUAAAUUUAAUUUUCUAGUUUAUCUGCUGGGCACAACUUUAUACAACUCGAUCUUCACGAUUGAAACUGAUAUUUACUGCUUUUCACCGCAGAGAUGGAUUUGUAUAAAGUUGCGUCCAGUAGAUAAAAUAAAACUCAAUAAAAAAAAAAUAGACUCAACUUCGAGAAGCUCGUCCUUCAUGGCGAAAAGCCAGAAAUACCAUUUAUUUGGCUUAUUUCCGAUUUUAUACAUCGUGCACCUUUCUUCUGCGAUGAAUAAUUGUUGAUUGAACAACAGAUGCGUCCAUUAUAUUGUGUCAAACAUAUUUUCAAGAACUUAUUUUCGGUUAUGACCGGUUUCUGUUAACCGUAACCGGUGCAUGCUUCAUCCUCUAGCGAUCUCUUCUCACUUAUCUUAACUACAUUCUGGAGUCUUAUAAAACCGUAUCUGUAAUUUGGCUCACAAAUAUGGAUAAAAGAAAUCAAAAUAAUGUGUUACAAAAAUGUAACUUUUUCUAUAUCUAUACUUUUGAUCCACAUGAAUUAGCAAUUUGCUAUUUUAGAGUUAAAGUUUGAUCCUGGUGCUUGUGGAGUAGGUUUAUUCAUUUCGGAUGAAAAUACGCAUCUUCGUACAAACAUCAAUACUACUGGUUGGCGUACAUGUCGCACGUUGAAUUCUGGUUGGACAGAAGGUAUUCACUACUGGAGUAUGAGAAUUGUUGAUCGAGGACCAAAUGGUCAUAUUAUGACAGGUGUUGUUAAUGAUCAGUUUGAUAUGGGUCAGGCCACCUACCCUGGAGAGAAUACAAAUGGGUAUGGUUUAUAUCUUCAUAAUAUGAAUAAAUACAAUGGAGGCGGGGCUGCAUUUUCAAGUGACUCCGCCUCUAAUGGUGAUGUCAUUGGAACUCUGCUCGAUCUGGAGGCACGUACAGUAACAUAUUUUAAAAACGGACGAAUUUUAGGUACAGCAUUUGGUAUGAUACCACAAGGUAAACAAAAAUAUUAUCCAGCUGUUGGGAUGUACGAACUUGGAAACUGGGUUAGUGUGAUUAGAACAAUAAAUGGCAAGGAUAGUAACAAUGUUCAGUAA